CUAUAGUAUGGUACCGGAGACUGAUGGAGUCAAUUCUCUCUGUUUGAAUGCAUUACAACUAUGCACUGUUCACGAAGACAAUAAUCCUAGUAUACUGUCGAAUGAUGCAUUCUCAAGGGCCUCAUCAACUGAAGAAGUAUUCCUAGACGGUAAAUGGUGUGAAGUUACAGGAUCAAAUGUUAGUCUAUUCGAUUCAUCGACUUCAAAUAAGAUUAUGAGUCCUACAUGGGUUCCAUCAUUUCGUUCCAAUGAUGGAGCAUCGUUGAAUGUUACACCACAGAAAACACUGAUGCAGAAUAUUCAAACAAAUAUGGAUUUAGUAGAGAAUGAAUUGGUAACGUUAAUCAGCAGUUUGAAUGUGCAUAAAGAUGAAGAUCAAGAUGAGUACAGUCCACUGAACGAUGACCUAUGGAAAAUUAAGCCAGCUGUCAGCUGCAGUACACCAUCGAUUGGCACUAGUAGUAACGCCUUCAAUAAUCCGCUAGAUUUUUCACCACCACCAUUACCAUCACGGAGAAUGACUUCCAGUCCUAUUUAUACAUCAUCAUUACCUAAUCAGGAUGAAGUGAAUUUAUUUUUUCCUAUAUACCCAGCUAUCAGUAGACCAAUACAAUCACCAAUUCCUCAACAAAGAGCUCAUUGCGUAAGUUCAUCAAUAAACACUAUUCAACAAAACAGAAAUACUCGUCGAUUUAAGCCAUAUCCACCAAUACAACGCAUUCCAUCAAACACAGAUUUCAAUCAAUCUCACAGUCUUCUUGAAAGGUCAUUUUUGCAAUCGAAUCAAUCUGAAAAUUUCUUGGCAUCAACAGAAACCGGAGCUCUACAACAGUACAGACAAUUUCUAACCCCUCAAAGCAGUGUAAAAAACAGAGAAGGUUGAGGAAUAAGAGUAAUUUCUAUCGAACAUGAGAGAUACUGUGUGUGUCUGAUACUCAACUAUGUGGAAUGCAAAUGAAUAAACAGGUACCUUGAAUAUGAUCGAGUGUUGUAAAACAAAUAUGUUAUGCUUUUUCUGAUAAAUUCUCA